GAAUUCAUUUUUCUGUAAUUGUACGUGGCGAAGUCUGGUUAGCCGGCUAAAAUGCUUCAUUUUGUGCUUCGUUUAGGUGUCAGAUUCAGAUAGAACAUCGAUAUUAUUAUUUUGGUUUUAUUUCCUAUCUGGAGAUGGCACCUUGGGGACUUUCUGACUUCUUGAUAUUAGACCCGUGAGUGCCGUGACGCUCUGCUGAUAUCAACACCACCUCCAGCGGUCGAAGACAUUUGCGUUCUCAAGACAACGCUCAGGGUCCCGGAGCUGGUGACUUCUUGGUGGGUUCUUGAGGAAUGUCAUUGGUUUACUGCCUACGUCAUACUGAGCAUGGUGAAGGGUUGGGAUUGGCUGAGGAAUAACUGGAUGCUGCUGAAAGAGAUCAUGGCUCGUAACCCAGAACUCCUGAGUCUCUUCUUUGCCCUCGUUCUCUCGGGUAUCGUCUCUCAUUUGGACAAUCCUAAAGGGAGCAAGGCAACCCCUUAUGUCAUCCCUAUCCCUCCCAAGAUCUUUGGCCCUCGAUCCUCUGUCAUUGAGUUUCCUACCGGGGACAUGAAUUCUGUCAGGAAUGUGAUAGCGUCAACCGGAGCUGAAGUUUGGAUCAUCAUGUAUUAUGCCCACUGGGACGCCUACUCAUUGGAGACCGCCAAGGAGUUUGAAAAGGCUGCUGAAAAGAUGUCCAAUCAGGUGCUGUUCAUGGCAGUAAACUGUUGGUAUCCUUAUGGAGGCUGCAGGAAUAAGGUGAUUGUCCCUUACUUCCCCAUCAUCUUCACCCAUCGAGACAGCCGGGAAGGAAUCCAGUAUACUGGCAUCCAGAGGGCGCCUGAGAUGGUUGACCACUUGGAGAGGGUGUGUUCUCCUUUGAAGGUUGUCCAGGAUCUGGAGUCUUUGAGGCUGCUGAGAGCACAGCAUGAUGCUGUAGUACUUGCCUAUUUCAGCUAUGAGGGCACACUGGCACCCAAGGGCCUAGCCUCCUUCCAGUGGGCUGCAAUGCAGCACCUAGAAAAAGACACUAUCCAACCAACACCCUUUGCCAUCAUUACAAACAAACACCUGGCACGCAGUCUAGGCCUCUCCCAUUCAAUGAAUCUCACCUUACUCAGAAACUUCAAUGUAUCUUUGUUUUACCCUCCAUCACAAGAGUUCAAAGCAAAGCCAAUCCUUGAAUUUGUGACCGCACAUAGAGAAUCGAUGGUGCAAUGGAUAUCCCCACCCGGUCUGAAGAGUACAAUCUUGUCUUCCCAUGUCUUCACUCGCCCCACCCUCAUUGUUUUCACUCCUCACCAGCAUGAUAACGUCUUUGCCAAUUACUUCAUGAUGUUACGUGAAGCCACCCUAGAAUACUACAACUGUGCCAAUAACUCCUACAUCCACCAACUGCAGAAGGUUAUCCAGGAAGAGCGUAAGAAAAAUGUCCCUCAAUCUUCAGACUCUUCUACUUGCAAACCCAGUGAAGAUUGCGUAGAUCAGGUUUCAUCAGGAGACAAUGACUGCUGUCAGACCCUGGCCUCCAGAGGGCGUAUUGAAUCUGUUUCACGUGCGAGGGGUAACGUUUGCGAGAUCUGCGAGACCUUCAGCCAGUCAUUACAGCCAUUCACCGACCCAUGCACCUAUCUUACAUCGAGUUCAGGUUCGCCUUUGCUUCUUGAUGCAACCAUUGGCGUCACUGCAUCAAGCAAUGCCUGCCUCUACCUGAACAACUUCUACAGCCCUUUCAGCCACUAUCGCCUCUGCUGCCAGGAUAUCGACCCCUUGACCUGUGACCUUUGCUCUCCAUUCCAUUCAUCCCUGCAUAAACAUUCCCUUUUUAGUGGAUCAAUGCAUUCACCCCGCACACAAACUCUGGAGAGUCAUUUUGCUCCCCAGCAUAAAAUGUUUGAUUGUUCUCAGCGUCUUUCAAAGGAUCAUAUUGAUUCUUUUACAAUUGUUGAUCACAAUGCUGCAACCUCAAGUGGUGAUAAUGAACAACCCCAACAUAGUCAAUCUUCCAGGACUACAGUAUUUAGCCAUCAGGAAAAUGAUUUGGAAGCAUACUCAGAAGGUCUUCAGAAAAAAUUUGAACAUCUUGGGUGCAGAACGAAUAGAACGUUAGUUUUCCGUGCAAUGAGAUCUGAAUAUUUUUGGUCAAUGGCAGAUCGACUCGGACUAUCAUCGCAAUAUCAACAUAAAAAUGCAAGUGUAGGCGUAGCCAUUGUAGAUAUACAGAGUGAAACCCACCAUAUCCUUCCAUUGGACCAAUCAGGUUUAUCCUUACCACUCCUGAAGCAGUUCAUCAUCGACUACACCGAGUCUCUCCUACCAAGACAUAGACAUUCUACCUCUCCGUCCAGUACUUCACCCAGCACCUCAAGAUGCACCAAGGCAUCGGAUGAUACAGUAUGCAUUACAGAGGUCACAGAGGCAACAUAUGAGGAUAUGGUACUAAAUACAAGCAAGGAUGUCUUGCUGUUGUACUAUGCCCCCUGGUGUGGAUCCUGCAUCAGAAUCCAACACAUCUAUCUUAAGCUUGCUGCCCUCUUCAGAUCACAUGACAAUCUACGUGUCGCAAGAAUCAACGGUGACCUCAAUGACCUUCGCUGGCACCUCCUGACCCCAGCAUAUCCCACAAUCCUCUUCUUUCCCGCCCACGAUAAAUCAAUGAGCGUCAGGUUUCCCCAAGAAAGUGCAAUCACGCUUCCAAAUCUUGUUGAUUUUGUGUUGAAGCAUAGUAGGUGAAACUAGAUUAAUUCAAGAUUUAUUUCUUUGAUUUUAAGCAAUUUACACUGUAGGUGGUUUCAAACCGCCUCGAUCAUAAGAAUCCCUGUUAAAUUACGAGAGCUAUUUUAGGCUGAAAAAUACCCAUUAAUUAUUCCUGCAUUCACACCACCCCGAAACACACCCUUUUGGAUAAGUUCCUGAAGUUACGAGCAUGCGCAGUAUGGUCUGAUAAGCAGGCAAGCAGCCACCCACGGCGC